AUGCGGUUGCCUGUGGCUUACACAUCUUCCUACUGCAAAAUAUUAUGCUUGGACGCACUGCUUCGAAAUUCACUCUUCAAUAAAUACUGUAUUUUCGAAAAUUCUUGUUACCAGUAUAUUUGCGGACUUAUUAACAAAUAUCCGACAUCCGAUUGCCCGGGAAUUUGCGAACACACGAUGGCCCACUUCAAAAGAAUUCGUUCCUUGCGUCCUGCCGAAGGAAUUAGCAGAUUUUUGGAAAUUUGUUCGCACUCCGGUUGGAGAGCUACUACUCCAAUUCCUAUUCGUAUCCCGCGUGCCCUUCUACGACGCGAUCACUACGGUUGCUACGGCUUAUGCCGUGCAAUAACGCGUGCAAUAUUUAGCAAACCCUGUUGUGAUCGUCGGCGCGUUUUAGAAAAUUGCGAACUUGUUGCUUUCAAAGAGACGGUUCUUGGAGACUAUUACUUCGAGAGAUGCCCAACGAUAUGUGAAGACAUAGCUGAACAUUUCGUCGACUUUGGUGAUAUGGACAGGUCUAGACAUAAUGAGUUUUGUCGACUAAUUAAAGCGUUACAAACAACAACAACCACGCCUUCAACAACAACGACAACCACGCCUUCAACAACAACGACAACAACGCCUUCAACAACAACAACAACAACAACAACAACAACAACAACAACAGCGGCGACAUAUACAAACGAAGAGUUUUCCAAUUGCGAAGAGCUGUGCCAGCACGUAUUUCCUAAAACCCUUGCAACUAAGAAGUCCUUUUGCCCCGAUAAAGGGAAAAAUUACAAUCCUUGUACUCUGAGAUCUUGUAAGGAAGUUAUUAGCGGAAUACUGAUGGAAGAUGGCCAAGAUGCCGAAGAUGCAUGUCCCAAAAUGUGUCCGUAUAUGGCAGUUGUAAUGCGUGGCUGCGAGAUGGAUAGACGACAGUUUGACGAAAAAAAGAUCAGUGAAUUGUGUUCGAGUAUUAAUUCGACGACAAAGACUACAACAAUUUCUCCGAAAAUAACAGCUGUGACCAAUCCAAACGAAGAGUUUUCCAAUUGCGAAGAGCUGUGCCAGCACGUAUUUCCUAAAACUCUUACACAUGAGAAGUUCUUUUGUCCGGAUAAAGGAAAAAAAUACAAUCCUUGUACUCUUAGAUCAUGUAAGAAAGUUAUUAGCGAAAUACUGAUGGAAGAUGGCCAACAUCCCAAAUAUGUUUGUCCAAGCAUGUGCCGGACUAUGGCAGUUGUAAUGCGUGGCCGCGAGAUGGAUAGACGAAUGUAUAGCAGAAAAGAGAUUCGUGGAAUUUGUUUGAGAAUUCAUUCAACAUCAAAGACGACCACCACGCCUUCAACAACAACAGCGGCGACAUAUACAAACGAAGAGUUUUCCAAUUGCGAAGAGCUGUGCCAGCACGUAUUUCCUAAAACUCUUACAUCUAUGAAGUCCUUUUGCCCCGAUAAAGGGAAAAAUUACAAUCCUUGUACUCUGAGAUCUUGUAAGGAAUUUAUUAACGGAAUAUUGAUGGACAAUGGCGAAGAUGCCAAAGAUGCAUGUCCCAAAAUGUGUUCGUCCGUGGCAGUUGCAAUGCUUGGUCGCGACAUGGAUAGACAACAGUUUGACGAAAAAAAGAUCAGUGAAUUGUGUUCGAGUAUUAGUUCCACGACAAAGACUACUACAAGUUCUCCGAAAAUAACAGCUGUAACCAAUCCAACCGAAGAGUUUUCCAAUUGCGAAGAGCUGUGCCAGCACGUAUUUCCUAGAACUCUUACACCUAAGAAGUUCUUUUGUCCCGAUAAAGAAAAAUUACAAUCCUCUGUAACCAAUCCAACCGAAGAGUUUUCCAAUUGCGAAGAGCUGUGCCAGCACGUAUUUCCUAAAACUCUUACACCUAAGAAGUUCUUUUGUCCCGAUAAAGAAAAAAAUUACAAUCCUUGUACUCUGAGAUCUUGUAAGGAAUUUAUUAACGGAAUAUUGAUGGACAAUGGCGAAGAUGCCAAAGAUGCAUGUCCCAAAAUGUGUUCGUCCGUGGCAGUUGCAAUGCUUGGUCGCGACAUGGAUAGGCGACGGUUUGAUGAAAAAAAGAUCACAGACUGCAAAGACCUGUGCGAAUAUGCAUUGAGUGAAACCCUUCAUGAUGAUCCUCGUCUUUGUUGGGAUGGAAAAACUUCCGCCACUUUUUGCAUUCAUAAUGCCUGCGAGAUAGUUGUUCACCAGACUCUGAUGCUCGAACAUGUUUGUCCUGAGAUGUGCCCAUCCAUGAUAGCUGCAGUGCGUGAAGUAGAAGGACGACAUCCUCGUAGUAAAAGUGUGAUUCUUGAGCUUUGUUUGAAUGUUAGUUCAACGCCCACGAUAUUUCCAAGUUGUCCAGUCACCACCAGUGUGGAACCCGGUUUAACACAGCUAUGGUGA